AUGCCCUCGGAUUGGGCCAUAACCAAAGCAAAGCCCACUGAUGCCGACACGAUAGCUUCGCUAUUCGCACAAUCCUGGAACUCACCGUUCACGCAACUCCAGUUUGGACAUGUCGAUCCGGCCACCUUGGCUGCUGCAAUGUCGCCUGCAAUUGCGCGACAGACAAAGCAGUCGCAGAUGAUGAUUGCUGUAGCACGAGAUGGAGAAACAGGAGCAGCCCUGGCAGUCGCACAAUGCUCUUUCGCUGCUUCCGAUGCUUUGGACACCAACGCUUGUCAGUCGCAGCAGGAGAUGGACGACAUUGAGGACUUUGAAAUGAGAUAUAGUCUUCCACAGGAAAGCAACAAAGACCUUAUCUUGGAAUUCACCCGGAGCCUAAGGCGUCUGAAGCAUCAGGUUUUAAAGGGACAGCAUCACUUGUUGCUGGAGAAUUUGGCAACGCAUCCGGAUUAUCGGGGGAGAGGCAUGGCGAGUCACUUGCUUGAGUGGAUCUUUAGCCAGGCUGAUGCACGCAAGUGUCCGGUGUAUCUCAACACAGAGAACGAUAAUCCCGCAAUCAAGCUGUACGAAAGGAUGGGGUUCGAAAAUGCGGGAACCUAUACCGUCAGCAAUCUUAGUAGAUUUGUGCCCAAAGAGGAUCUGGACAGGUAUUCAUAUGGACCGGAUCAUACUAUCGUCGCUAUGGUACGAAAACCCAACGACGGGAAAUGA